GACGUCUCCAGGCAGGUUAUGUCCCCGGCAGAGGCUGCCCUGACGCUCCCUGCGGCCCGGAGACUAUGUACAAGAGGAAUGGCCUGAUGGCUAGCGUGUUGGUCACCUCCGCCACUCCACAGGGCAGCAGCUCCGACUCCCUGGACGGCCAGAGCUGCGACUAUGCCAGCAAGAGCUACGACGCCGUUGUCUUCGAUGUAUUGAAAGUGACCCCUGAGGAGUUUGCCACCCAGAUCACGCUGAUGGACAUCCCUGUGUUUAAAGCCAUCCAGCCGGAGGAACUGGCCAGCUGCGGAUGGAGUAAGAAGGAGAAACACAGUCUCGCCCCCAACGUUGUGGCCUUCACUCGGAGGUUUAACCAGGUCAGUUUUUGGGUCGUCCGAGAAAUCCUAACAGCACAGACUUUAAAAAUAAGGGCCGAAAUCCUGAGCCAUUUUGUGAAAAUAGCCAAGAAACUUCUAGAACUCAACAAUCUUCAUUCGCUCAUGUCUGUGGUGUCAGCAUUGCAGAGUGCACCCAUCUUCAGGCUGACCAAGACCUGGGCUCUUCUGAACAGGAAAGACAAGACCACCUUUGAGAAGUUGGAUUACCUGAUGUCCAAGGAAGAUAACUACAAGCGAACCCGGGAAUACAUCCGGAGCUUGAAGAUGGUGCCCAGUAUCCCCUACCUAGGGAUCUAUCUUCUGGAUUUAAUCUACAUCGACUCCGCGUAUCCUGCCUCUGGCAGCAUCAUGGAAAAUGAACAAAGAUCCAAUCAGAUGAACAAUAUUCUCCGAAUAAUUGCUGACUUGCAAGUUUCCUGCAGCUACGAUCACCUCACAACGCUGCCCCACGUGCAGAAGUACCUGAAGUCCGUCCGCUACAUUGAAGAGCUCCAGAAGUUUGUGGAGGAUGACAACUACAAACUGUCACUCCGAAUCGAACCAGGAAGCAGCUCUCCAAGAUUGGUCUCUUCAAAGGAAGAUCUCACAGGCCCCUCGGCAGGCUGCAGCUCGGUGAGAUUCAGCCGGAGGCCCACGUGUCCGGACACAUCUGUGGCCGGCAGCCUCCCCACGCCUCCAGUCCCCAGACACAGGAAGAGCCACAGCCUGGGCAACAAUAUGAUGUGUCAGUUGAGUGUAGUUGAGAGUAAGAGCGCAACCUUCCCGUCGGAGAAGGCGAGGCACCUGCUGGACGACAGCGUCCUAGAGUCCCGCAGCCCCCGCAAGGGCCUCACCCUCACCUCCUCCACCGCCGUCACCAAUGGACUCUCCCUAGGCAGUAGUGAGAGCUCAGAGUUUAGUGAAGAGGUGUCUGCGGGGCUGGAAAGCAGGGGACGUCUCUAUGCCACGCUGGGGCCCAACUGGCGGGUUCCGGUUCGGAAUUCUCCCAGGACCCGGAGCUGUGUCUACAGCCCCACAGGUCCCUGCAUCUGUACCCCGGGCAGCUCAGCGGCCCUGCCCACCAUAGAGGGGCCUCUGAGAAGGAAAACACUGCUGAAGGAGGGCCGGAAGCCAGCGCUGUCCUCGUGGACCAGGUACUGGGUCAUUCUCUCAGGAUCCACCCUGCUGUACUAUGGAGCCAAGUCCCUGCGGGGCACAGACCGGAAGCACUACAAAUCCACACCCGGCAAAAAGGUAUCCAUCGUGGGCUGGAUGGCGCAGCUGCCUGACGACCCCGCGCACCCAGACGUCUUCCAGCUGAAUAACCCUGACAAAGGCAAUGUUUACAAAUUCCAGACUGGCUCCCGAUUCCACGCAAUCCUGUGGCACAAGCAUCUGGACGAUGCGUGUAAAAGCAAUGGGCCUCAGGCCUUGUGCGAAAUGCCUCACAUGCAGGAAUCGGCCGACUCUUCCCCACAGCCCUCUGAGGUACCUGCAAACCUUAUGUCAUUUGAAUAAGUCUCUGCAGGACUUGGCGUGACCACAAAGGCUUCUGGGAGCCCAGCCUGGGCCUGGUGGUGAAGAAGCAGUUUCUGGGCACAGGCUGGGGCUAGGGCGCUGGGAGCCCCACAGCCAGACUCGGGGGGCAGGGUGCCAGGGGACGUGGCUGGCAGCCUCACAAGUCCCCAAGGGCUUCACCAGCUGGCGCAAGAUCCACCUGUUGGUCCCCAAACAAUUCUUGUGACACUCCUUCCUGCAGCAUCACUCCAUGGGGUGGUGGUUGGACCCCAAACUGUCAGCCCUGCGCUCCCCAUCUGGGCUCCUCGCAUCCGCCCACCAGCUGCAGCUGCGACUGGAGAGUAUUCAGCCCACAUUGGGGUCCCGUGCUUCCUGCUGCACGGAGUGGACAGCGGCAAGGGGCGGCGAUGACAGCAGCAAGCGAGGCUUGGGAGCAGGGCCAGACCACGCCACAGGCUCGUCACACCCCAAGUGCACGGGGCUGCUCGCCCAUAGGGCGGCCUAAAAUUUUGUACAACCCUCUCCCAAGCGUCUUCAGUGUGUGAGUGUGUGUGUGUGUAUGUGUGUGUGUGCACAUGAGCGAGUGUAACCUCUGAGAAACAUGCAUUUUGGCACAAGACGCAACAUUACACAUUCCAUUUGCAUUGAGUCCCUGCUUUCACCUUAAGUUACCAUCUUGUUUCCCCUCCCCCCCAGGAAGGCCUGAGUGAGAGCCUGUGUGAAGGGUCCCUUACAUUCUUUUACUGUAAACAAACAAUGCCUUAA